CAUGUGCGCGCUGUGCCUGACGCUCCAGCACGCCUCAUCGCAACCUUCACGUGUUGCCGCUUCUCUACCACCUUUAUUUACUUCUUCUUUUUGGUACGGACCUUCACCUGCUCACGUAGGAGUGAAGGCUGCGCUUUACCGCUUGGGACACCUGCGCUCAUUUAAUCUUCCACCGUCAUGGAGAGGCGGCCGCGAAAUGCAUCUUAUCACGUCGAGGACCGGCACAGAAAAUGCGCACGCUGCUUGUGGUGAUGUGGCGCUGCAGCGCGAAAUUGAAGAGACGGAGCACGAACUAUUGCGGCUAUACGAGCGGCGCAUGAACCAGAACUGCUGCAUUCGCGGGUGCAAUACGAAUAGCGUGGCAGCACCAGCUCGCUGGAUGUGCCGUCAUGCACCGGAGCUGCGUAUACGGAAAGACCCUCCGAUCUCUCCGGUGGAUGGCGGGGGGACGCCAGAAAGCAUCACGUUUGCGCUGACGAGCGAGAGGCGCCGCCACGCUGCGCCAGAGGCGGCGCGCGUAGCACGGAGGAAGGCAAUGCCCCCUGCCCUGACUUCAAAGCACGAGGCAGGCCUACCAACUGCCUCUGCCGUCCCGCGUGAGUUCACGGAAAGGCUGCGCCGCUUAACCAGCGCCGUGACGGCACGCGGCAAAGCGUCACCGCUAGAGCCUCUCAUCUCACUGGCCUUUUCACCGAUCCCUUUCAGACAGGCAGGCGGGGACGUGUCGUACAGCGGUCGCGGUGGACGGGAUGUGUUCCUCUUCCAGGGAGAUAGCUGUGUUGGGUGCCAGGAGAACAGUGAGGACGACGUGCGACACGUUCGAUUUUCGAGCCGCAGUCCGCGGGUUUCCAUCUUUUCGGUUGAGCGCUCGUGCACGCGUGCGGUGAAUAGGGCAGUACCGGCUGUGAAUCACGAGGCUUCGUCUAUCUUCAUCAGUAGUGACUUGAACUCCACCGCACACGGUGAUGGAGUAGGUGCUGCAGCGCAGCGCCAAGCUUCGCGCCUUGAAGUGACUCCAAAUAUUCUGCAUGCUGUUGGUCCUCCCUCUAUUUGUCGAGGCCCUGAAGGCGGAGAAGACUCAUUGCCGCUCUCCCGCAUCUCGACAGUGCUGUCCCCACGAUCAAGCGUCGCCUCCUACCUGUCACUCAUCAACGAGCUGCGGUCGACGUUACUAGACUCCAGCCCUCUUCAAAUGAAACGCUUGUCGGUAGGGGUACACAAUUCUGUCGUGGAAACCUCCGCUACGGUGGAGAGGGUCCAAUGUCAAACGAAUGGAACAGCGGAGGAUGCGGACGCGGCCACACCGACGAGGGAAGCGGACGAGGCGACGACGACGCGCAGGAGUGCACGUCGCACGACUUGUGUUUCUGAAGCCGCCAGCGUGCGCACCCCAACAGAAGCGAAGGAAAUUGGUCGGAAUGUGGAAAAGCCUUCGACGGCCUCCGUUGAUGUGGACGUGGCAGAUGCGCUUUCCUCCAUGGCGAUGAGUGCGUCUCCGAUUUUCCUGCAGCGCCGAGACCGUCGUCCAGCCACUGCUGCAGCGACGGCAGCCGUGUGCAGUCCUCAGCUUCUCUUGACCCGUGAGCCGCAAGAAAGCCGACGCGGCGCACCUGAAAGGAAGAAGGUGAAAGUGAACGUCAACAGCUCGCCCUCUGCCCGCACCAAACGGGACGCACGAUUAAAUCCACGGCAGUCGCGGCCCACAAAGAAGGCCGCAUGCGCCGUGGCCGCAACGAAGAGGAAAAAGACGGUCCACUUCCGGGCAUCGCUGGAGCAAGUGAAGGGUGCGACAGGAGCUCCCGUUGCCCCUCAGAAGAGAGGCAGAAGGGCGGAGCGUGCAACGCCAUCCGCGUGUGCGCCAACGAGAAUGCCACCAAACAUGUGCGUAGAACAGCGCGGAUUUGGCGCCGACAUCCUUCUCGCCUGUGGGCCCACACUUUAUUUUGAUUGA